UAGCACCUAGUGAUAGUUAAAACGCUAAUGAUUUCGGAUUUCUACACAUAUCUGCGAUGAUUUCCUUAACUACGACAGAAGCCGAUCUCGUGUCAUCAAGCAGCAUGUUAUUGACAAAAUUAUUGUGUGCGCGUAAGCAGUAGACCUGCGUGUUGUUGGCGUGAGAUGGCAGCACGGGGCGGCAGCGGGGGCGAGGAUGAUGGGGUCGCGUGGCUCUACGACCUCCUCGCGGAAGUGCAGCUGGAGCAGUUCUUCGUCAAGAUACGCGACGAGCUUCAGGUGACGCGGCUGUCGCACUUCGACUACGUAAAGCCGGAAGAUCUGGAGAAGAUCGGGAUGAGUCGUCCGGGCGUCCGCCGCCUCAUGGACGCCGUGAAGAAGUGCAAGGCCGCGGGACGCAGGACGUGGGUGGCAAAGAUACUCCCGAUGAAGAGUGACAAGUCGUCUGCGAAUGCGGCGGCGGCGGCGGCGAGCAAGACGCCCCCUGGUGGCAGCGACGGCGGCCGAGCGCUUACGUGUCUAAUCAACGCGAAGGACAUCGUCAUGUACAGCAAGCUGGGCGACGGGUCGUUCGGCGUCGUCAACAAGGGAGACUGGACGACGCCGGCACGACGCAAGGUGGCAGAGCUGGCGCCGCUGGGCUCCCUGCUGGACAGGCUGCGCAGUGAGGGUCAUCGCAUAGUCAUCUCGACGCUGUGCGAGUACGCGGUGCAGGUCGCCAACGGCAUGGCCUACCUCGAGUCGAAGCGCUUCAUACAUCGCGAUCUCGCGUGCCGGAACGUACUGCUAGCGUCGAGGGAGAAGGGGUCGGUGUCUCUCUUGGCGGAGUCUCCCGGCGUCGUCGUGGCGGCGGCGGCGGACGGAGGCUGGCUGGCUUCCGCUCCCUGCCUCCUGUCCUCGUCGCCGGCCUCGUCAUCUGAUCAGCAAACGCGGGCGGCGGCGAUCGCUCGCGAGGCGCAGGCGCGCGUUGCCCCCGGCAACGACGACGCAGCAUCGUCGACGCCGGGGCUUCCGCCGCGCGCGCCGAUCCAGCCGACGCCAGGGGGCGCCGGUGGCGCGGAGCACCUUCUCGACGCGCUGCCAAACGUGGAGCUGCCGCGGGGCGAGAGCGACCCGUUCGACACGAGCGCUGCCGCGCGUCUGCCGCCGUUCGUCGAUCGAAACAUGCGCGCCGCCGCCCAGCAGCAUCCUCAUCCUCUGCCGCAUCAUCCACUCCAUCAUCAUCAGCAGCAGCAGCAGCAGCAGCAGCGUAUCGCACCGAUGUUGCAGGACGGCAUACAGGUCAGCUCCACCCACUACUUCCUCAUCCCGCCGAAACCCGACCGAAACCCCGCCUCCUCUGCCUCCUCCGCCUCCUCCUCCGCCCCCGGCAGCAGCAGCAGCAGCCACGAAUACCUGAAUCUCGCCGACCCCAUCGCCACGACGACGCGGCAGCCGCAGACGGCUGAGGUGCGACCGUUCCUCGUCGACGUUGCCGCGGGCAACCAGCAGCAGCAGCAGCAGACGCCGGCCGUGCUGUCGUGGGCGAGCCUGACCGGGUUUAAACCCGUGAUGGCGGUCGAUAAUCACUUCCAGCAUCCGCAGCAAUCCCACGCGAGCGACGCCUGGAUGUUUGGAGUCACGCUCUGGGAGAUGUUCACCUUUGGAGAGGAACCGUGGGUCGGCUACAACGGGACACAGAUUCUUCAGAUGAUCGACCGUGAGGGCAAGCGACUGAGCAAGCCGUCUGCGUGUCCGCACGACGUCUACCAGCUGAUGAAGCAGUGUUGGGCGCACCGGCCGCACGACCGACCCGCCUUCGUCGCUCUCAAGGAGCUGCUGUGUGAGGCCCGGCCGGUGGAGAUGAAGGCAAUGCAGGCCUGUAAGGAGGAGGGCAAGCUAGAGGUAGAGGUCGGAGAUUACAUCGUCAUCGUCGACGGAAGGUAA